CAUUUCAUUGUAGUGUGGUGUGUGCGGUGUUGCUUGGUUGUAAUUUUGUUACUUUUGUCCGUAUCUUGGUCCGCGUUUCCGAAGAGGCCUGGCGGUUUAUAUAGCCUUGGGCCUGGCUGAGAGAACAUACUAUACGAGAAAUACUUUUUUUCAUCUACUUCUGUACCUGUUGAAGAAUUGGUGGUCCCUGUCCGCCGGCAGAGGACAUCAUGCUGGUGGACUCGCCUCCUGGCUCUCCGACCCCAUGGCGCAAGGUGCUGUAUGAGCGCCAACCAUACCCUGACAACUAUGUGGGUGCCUCGUUCCUGGAGGAUCUGCGCAAGAACGUCAAUGUGACGCUCUACAGCCGGCAGGCGGCAGUGCUGGCGGCAGGGCCGGUGCUGCAGCAGCUCUCCAGCGUGGUGUUGGUGGCGCUGGCAUUUACUUGGCUGGAUGAAGGCAUGCUACAGCCGGAGCCACUGCUGGCCACCAUCGCUGUGACCACCACGCUCGGCUACCUGUGGCUGCUGUUGGACUCUACGAACCUGUCCUCGGGCGGCUGGCAGCAGCAACUGACAGCCGACCUGCGCCUGGCCGCAGUGUUCCUCGUGUUUGGCUAUGGCCUGUCUCCCCUACUGGCCACUCUGACAGACUCAGUGAGCACGGACUCUGUGUACGCCCUGGCCGCCUCCGCCAUGGCCCUACACCUGGCCACGCACGACUACGGCGCGCGCGCCGCCUGCGUCUCGGCGGCCGUCUCGCUGAACGCUGGCCUGUUCGGCGCGCUGUGCCUGGCCUCACGGCUACCCAGCACGCUUCACGUGUUCGCCUUCCUGACGCUGGCGGCGCAGCUCCUGGCGCUGCUGCCGCCGGUGCGUGCUCACGUGCGCCGCCGCUGCGGCCGGCUCGCGCUGCUGGCGGCGGCCGUGACCCAGGCGGGCGCGGCGCUGCUGCUGCUGGGGCGUCUGAGCGGCACUGCCGCGGCGCUGCUGACCGCCGGGUACCUGCUGGUGUGCCCGCUGCUGCCGCUGCUCUAUGUGCGUCUACAGAAGUACAAGGAUAACAUCUACGGUCCGUGGGACGAGGCCAUAGUAGAGGACACGCGGAGGACGAUUCGACGUGACGACCUGCUCCGAGAGGACUGAAGAAUUAAGACAAAGUGAGUGCUACAAAGUGAGUGUCAUAAUCACAAAGCACACCGUCGGAAUGAGUGUGUGAUGAAUGGUGACUACCGAUAAAGGGACCGGACCGUGUUAAGUUUGUAUUGGAUGUGCGCGAAAAAGCAGCGUGGUGCGCGGAAUCCAUCGUGAAUGGUGAGUGACUGUGGGCGUGGACUGUUCGAGUAUGGAUGAGUUCUGAAUUUCUCACACUGCGCGGGCUGUGUUAGCGAUGGACUGAAAGACACAGACGAUGUGAAUUGUGAACUGUGAUCAAUAAGACCAUGCACUGAAUAUGGAUAAUGGGUGUGCUUUGUUGAGAUUCAAUUUUUUGUGAUCAUGAUUAGCGUUGGUUUGUGUUUUAUGACGGCUUUUAUCCCGAGCAUACCUAUUACCUAACUAGCCAUUUUCAUUUUACGAUUUCACUUUGACUAAUUUAUUGACUUAUUAUGUUCUUAUAUUCCUGAUUGAAAUGCUUUGUUUCAGUCGGUUGUGCAUGGAUUUGAUUCGUUUGUGUUGGUGUUGCGUUUUUGUGACCGAUUGGUGUGGCGAACCUUGGCAUCUGCACUCUGCAUCUUGGGCCUUUCACCCAUUGAUAACGUAUCGUUUAACCUUCGCCCCAGUGGGGGGGGGGGGCAUAUGUUACCACCCUGUCGCGUUUUUUUCGUAUAAAUAAAAACCGCGGCGCGUAGCGCUGCGCC